CCCCUUUAAAAAGUCACUUUGAGUUUAUGCGCUACAAAAAAAGUAAACAUGUGACAGAGAAAGCAGGGAAGUGAGUCUGAUGCAGGAGCAAGUGGGGGGGGGGAGUGUUAAUACAAAAAUACUCUGUGUAGCAGCAUAUUCUCACACGCAUGAAAGCGACUGAUGAGAGAGACGCGCAGUACUGGUCUACCUGAGGGAGGUGACAGAGAAAGUCUUCAGAGAGACUCUUCAACUGCCCGCCAAUUAAAUAUUUCUGUUCAUAUUUUUGUAGCUCUUUCGGGGCCAGCGGCUCUCUGAUCUCUCAGCUGAGGAGUUUUACUUUCUGUUCAGAAGUGGAGGAAGGCUGCCGCAGCAAUGACCCAGGAUCCAGGGGAAGCUAGAGAAGCAAUGGAGAUAUAUUCGCCCGUAUUCAAGGUGGACGGCCAGGCAUGCUACCUGCCCCAAGUGAUGGCACCACCUCCCCCUCCCCCUAGGCAGCGCCAGGUGGGACAGAUGGUGCUGUACCUGCUGCUGGUCGUGACUCUGUGUGGUGUCAUAGUGGAGGCCUGCUUCAUGUACAAGCUGUACAACACCACUGCGACGGCGGACACCCUAACCACAGAGAAGCGCCAGCAGGAUGAGAGGGAUGCUACCGCUAAUAGUUACCGGACUGAAGUUAAACCUCCGAAGCCGUCAGCACACCUGACAGCCAGCACACACCUACCCCGGGAAGACGGACUCAUGAUGUGGACCACCGUCGGGGGAGAUGCCUUCACCCAUGAGAUGGACUACACCGAGGGGAAGCUCUUUGUCAAGACAAAGGGCUACUACUUCAUCUACUCCAAGGUGUUCUUCUCUGAGCCCAGCCCGGCAGCCUUCACCCACACGAUACUGAGAAUCAGCCCACACAGCCCCAAUAAAGAAAUGGAGCUGAUGCGCACUUUCCGAUUUCAUGAGAGGGGUGACAGGAGGGGGGGCAUGCUGAACAGCUACCUGGGGGGGGUGUACAUUCUGCACGAGGGUGAUGCCAUUUUUGUAAAGGUGCACAAUCAUACAAAGCUAUUGAGGCAGACCUCUGCGGAUAACUUCUUUGGCACGUUCAUGUUGUAGAUGAUUAUGGUUGUGGUUGAGUACCAUGGGGGGGGGGGGGGUUGGGUUAGAAUAAUUCCAAGAGCCUCUCAGUGACUGGGACCCAAAAAAAUUUGGAACAUCAGUGGAUUGGUCUAGAUUAGAGGGCCCAAUGUGAUAUGCUGUCAUGGGGCCCAAAAUUCCUAGCAGGCCCCAUGUCUGUGACCAUUGGAACGUUGAAAGUUUGAAGGAUUUUAUGACUUUGGGGGUUAUUGGCUCACUCUCUAACAGGAAAGGUUUUAUUUAGUUGUUAAUGUUUUUGCAACUUUGACAAUCAUUUAUCACUACCAUUUGUUGCAUUAUUAUAACCUAAUAAUACUUGUUUAUUAUUUUCGAUAGAAGUCUGAAUUCUUCAUUGAUUAAGAAUCACAGACAUAGAUAUGCGUUUAUGCGUAAUCUAUGCAAUACAGUAGUGUUUCGAAGCGUCUGUAUGCGAAGGAACUGGUUUGUUAAAGCUUGAAGAAAAAAAACAGUGAUGGGAGCUUGAGAGUUACUGAAACAUCGACCGACUGACCCGAAUAGAGCUCAUGGAAAGCUUUCAUAAGGAGAAGGCACUUUGUAACUAAUUUUGCAUGCCGAUUGUCCAAAAGAAAGUUUGUUUUUUGAAUACUCUCAUAUAUAUGCAGAAUAAAUUACCUUUAAAUUAC